AUGCCUGGAGCGCAGCACUCGGAGACAGCAGAUGAUGCUCUGGCCAACUGCCAGGCCUCUCCCAUCACUAGAGGAGGAUGUUGGCUCAGACCUUUUUCCUCUCCGCUCCCGCAGUACGACAGCAGGUUCCUAGUGAGCUUCAUGGUGGAUGCUCGGGGAGGAUCUAUGAGAGGCAGUCGCCACAACGGGAUGCGCAUCAUCAUCCCGCCCAGGAAGUGCACCGCGCCCACCAGGAUCACCUGCCGAUUGGCAAAGAAGCACAAGUUGGCCACGCCUCCCCCCAUGGUGGAAGGGGAGGGCCUGGCCAGCAGGCUGGUGGAGGUGGGGCCAGCAGGGGCCCAGUUCCUGGGCCAACUGCACCUCCCCAGAACGCUGCCAGCCCUUAGCGAAGGCCAGAGCCUGGUUAGCCCCGUGCUGCAGCUGGGGCCCCGAGGCACUAGAUUCACUGGGCCCGUCAUCGUGGAGAUCCCCCACUUCGGCUCGCUGCGGGGCCAGGAGAGAGAACUCAUCCUGCUGAGGAGCGACAACGGGGAGAGCUGGAAGGAGCACCAGUACGACUGCCGAGAGGAGGAGCUGAGCGAGCUGCUGAGUGGCAUGGAGGAGGAGCUGGACAGCGAGGAGGAGCUGGAGAGGAAGAGGAUCUGCCGUAUCGUCACCAAGGACUUCCCGCAGUACUUUGCAGUGGUCUCACGGAUUCGCCAGGAGACCCAUCAGAUGGGGCCGGAAGGCGGGUCUCUGCACAGUCGGAGCGUCCCAUUGGUCCAGGCCUCCUUCCCCGAGGGCGCACUGACCAAGAAGAUCAAAGUUGGACUACAGGCCCAGCCGGUUCCUGACGACACGGUGAAGAAGAUCCUGGGGAACCGGGCCACCUUCAGCCCCAUCGUGACGGUCGAGCCCAGGAGGAGGAAGUUCCACAAGCCCAUCACCAUGACGAUCCCCAUCCCGCCCCUCUCGGGGGAGGGGUUUAGCAACGGCUACAAGGGAGACUCCACCCCCUGCCUCCGACUGCUCUGCAGCAUCACAGGGGGAACGUCUCCAGCGCAGUGGGAGGACAUCACGGGCACUACGCCGCUGACCUUCGUCAACGACUGCGUCUCCUUCACCACCAACGUGUCUGCCAGGUUCUGGCUGGCGGACUGCCACCAGGUCCCCGACACGGUGGGCCUGGCCAUGCAGGUGUACCGGGACCUGAUCUGCGUCCCCUACAUGGCCAAGUUCGUGGUGUUCGCCAAGAUGAACGAUGCGGUGGAGUCGCGGCUGCGCUGCUUCUGCAUGACGGACGACAAGGUGGACAAGACCCUGGAGCAGCAGGAGAACUUUGAGGAGGUGGCCCGCAGCAAGGACAUCGAGGUCCUGGAGGGGCGUCCCGUCUUCGUGGAUUGCUACGGCAACCUGGCACCGCUGACCAAGGCGGGCCAGCAGCUGGUCCUCAACUUCUACGCCUUCAAGGAGAACCGCCUGCCCUUCUGCGUCAAGGUGCGGGACAACGGCCAGGAGCCGUGCGGCCGCCUCUCGUUCCUCAAGGAGUCCCGGGGCACCAAGGGCCUCGCGCCCACCGCCGUCUGCAACCUCAACAUCACGCUGCCCCCGCUCAAGAAGGAAAUGGAAUCAGAUCCCGAGGAUGAGAACGAAAAGCCCGAGAGACGCCAUACCUUUGCCUCCCUAGCCUUACGUAAGCGCUACAGCUAUCUGGCCCCGCCUGCACUGAAGAGCGCGGUUGAGCGCGGAGCAGCAGCGAGAACACUGCCUGCUGGUCACCCUCACAAACCUGUCUUUCCAACCCGACCUUUCUCCGCGUGGUCGACUGCUCCUAUUACCGUCCCUGGUCAAACGCGGCUCGCCGGACUGGGGGGCCCCGGGACCCGUAGCGCUUCACCAACAGGCUCGCCAGGUUCUUCUCCACUGAAGUCCUGCUGGCCCCUGUCCUCCCCCUGCCCCAUCUCCCCAGCGUCCAUCAGAACCCUCCUGGGAGCCCCUCCCCCCGUCCCGUACAUCACCUCCCCGGUUCAGUCCCCCAGUGAAGGAGCAUCCUCCUCCCCCAUUCGGACUUAUAGAACUAUGGCGUCACCCAUCAAGACAGUGGUCCAGCAGGGACAGUUCCCUGUGCAGGGGUCUGCCAGCCUGGUGUCCUCUGGCUGCCCGAGCAAACAGGCCACCGACCCGGCCUCUAUCAAAAGUCUUGCUUCCGCUUACACUUCGAGGACUUCCCCAGUGCACGCCUCUGCCAGCGGCUCUGUGGUCGACAGAUCGCUGGCCGCGCACAGCACGCCAACGUCUCCAAAGACGUCUGUGAACAUGUACAAUUCUGGUCUCCCUUUUAAAUCUGUCCUAGGUUCCACACAUACAACAGACGCAGGGUCGACGUCUCUCUCUGCUGCUAAAUCCAUCUCCAGUUUAUCUACAGUCUCCUCUCUCUCAACCGGACAGACCACAAUCGCCUGCUCAGAUUUCUCCACUCUGAACGGAUCCCAAUCACCCGUAAAGUUCCCAUCGUCUUCCUCCUCGCCAUCCUCGCCUUCCUCACGCCUCUUCUCCGACAGGAGUAGCAGCCUCCAGGACAGAAUCCAGGCCACCACCCAGGCGGCAACCUCCAGCGCCAGUGCAGCCAUAAACGAAGCCAUAAACUCGUGCUCCGCCUCAGGCUACGGCACUCUCAAAUCCAUGUCCUCCACACAUAGAUCUGCAGCCUCCAGCUCUGCUUACGGCUCGUAUAGAUCUGCAAAUGCCAGCUUGCCAGCGUCCUCCAGUAGCACGGCGGUACCAGUGUACUCCAGUAGCAUGACCGUACCAGUGUACUCCCUCGUCAACGUGCUGCCCGACUCCCCCGUCAAACCAGGACCAGGCUCCCUCAAAAUGUCCCUGCCCGGUCCUUCCCAUGCGGGCAUGCCCUCGUCGUCUCUGACUUCCUGUGUCACCUCGUCUAAAAUCAACUCUCAGCUGAAGUCCCCUCCGUUCAUCACGCCGCCGGUCAUCCACACGACGGCAACGUCCAACCAGGACAUACUGCGGGACGUAGCGAACAUGAAGGAGGAUCUGAUGCGUAUGACCGCCAUCCUGCAGACAGACACACAUACAGCGGCUAAAACCGUGCAGACGUCUCACAGCGGAACCCCCAAAGAAAUGAGGUUAGAGGAUGAGGAGCCGUACACUUUAGUGGAAAAGGUCAAGGAGGAUUUAGUGAAAGUCAGUCAAAUAUUACAAACAGAUAUUUUAAUGGAAGGUAAAGCAAGGGCCACUAAAAAGAGAGGUUUGGCCGAUGAGUGGGAGGAAUUCUCUAAUGGGGAAAUUGAGGAAGCACAGAGAUGCUCUCUGCCAGAGUACAAUCCUCCUUUUGAUUCAAACACUCAACCAGUCAGGCCCCAGUCUGUGCCAGUCAGAGACUUUGACUUGUCUAGGGUAAUAGAUUACCUAGCCAAUGACAUUGGCGCUAGCUCUUUGUCUAAAAUGGCAGAGGUCAGAAGUAGGCUGGAGGAGGAAGCAAAGAUAGAAGAAAAACAGAAGCGCGUUCUGAAGCCGGCCAUGUCCUUACAGGACCACAAGCUGAAGAUGCCUCCGCCUGGGUCGGGGAUGCGCACCUCGCCCUCAGAGAAAGACCUCAGUAAACUGGCAGAGUCCUACCAGACCGCGGACGCGCCCCUGGAGUCCCCUGAGGACCUGUCCCAUGAGCAGGAUAAGAGCCCCCUGUCAGACAGUGGCUUCGAGACCAGGAGUGAGAAGACGCCUUCUGCGCCUCAGAGCGCAGAGAGCACCGGUCCGAAGCCCCUGUUCGCUGACUCCCCCAUCCCCCCCUGCGUCACUGAGACCAGAACAGAGGUCCACAUCAGGAGCUACGAGCAGCCAGAUGACCUCUGUGAGCCUUUGCUGGUGGAGGAGGCUGCGACGGCUUACCCCCGUAUGGAGUCAGACAUGGCCUCUCCGAGCCCCCUCACGGAUAGGGUCAAAGCCCUUCAGGUCAAUAUGUCAGAGGAGGACUCAAUGAUGAGCAAAAGCAUGUGCCUAAAAGAGGAAACUCACAUCACGACCACUACUAGAAUGGUCUAUCACCAGCCCCAGAUAGCUGAAGGAGCAGACAUGAUGGAGGAGUCGAUGUCCGUUCGAGACAUCAUGAAGGCAUUUCAGUCAGGUAGAGAUCCAUCGAAAGACCUGGCGGGCCUUUUUGAACACAAAGCCAGCCAGGAUUCUGUCAAAGGAGAUGAACUCACUCCACGGUUUCUUGACAAAGACACUAAAUCCAAACAGAAGGUGGAGAGGAUUAUAGAGGUUCACAUAGGAAAGGGCCACAGCGCCACAGAGCCGACCGAGGUCAUCAUCAGAGGGAGCAAGAAGCACCCAGAGCUCUACGCUUACAAAGGCGACCGCGGCAUCAGGGAGCUCAGUGAUUAUGACCAACAGGAAGAGGAGGAGCUGACCGCAGAGGAAGCCUUGCCCUCCUUCCUGGAAACCUCUCGUGUGAACACCCCACUGUCGCAUGAAGAAGACAGCCGCCCAAGCUCUGCUCAACUGAUGGCAGACGACUCGUACAAAGCUCUGAAGCUUCUGAGCCAGAAUUCCAUAGAAUACUGUGAUGAUGAGCUGUCAGAAAUCAGAGGGGAGUCCUACAGGUUUGCAGAGAAAAUGCUUCAUUCAGAGAAACUAGACCCAUCUUCACAAUCACCCUCAGACACAGAGGAUUCAGCCAUGACGGCCGACCAAACCCAUGGCAGCGCAGAGGCCAUAAGUCAACAGCAGGGAAGCCCCAAAAAGCAGUUUUCCUCCAGGACCCCAAAAGAAGGGUCUCCUAAAUCAGGGAAGUUCUCCUCCAACAGAGAGGAACAGGCUCAGUUUGAUAAAGUGACUGUGCUGCAUUAUUCAACAGAUCAGGGCAGCCCCAAACACGCCGUGUGGAUGCGGUUCACAGAAGAUAAGCACGAUAGGAGCAGAGACAACCUGCUCUAUGAGGACAGAGUGGACAAGACUGUGAAGGAAGCUGAGGAGAAACUGAGUGAAGUGUCACAGUUCUUCCGUGACAAAACAGAGAAGCUUAAUGAUGAACUUCAGUCCCCUGAGAAGAAACCUAUGAGGAGGUCCGGGCAGGGCGCUCACUCUGGGCCCAGCUCGGCCGGCAGCAGUCCUGAGAGGAGCCAACACAAGCUCCCGGCAGGAGAGGGCUUGAGUAAAAGCGAUGUCAGGGAGCCGUUUGUGAGCAAGAUGUCCGGUAGCAACGCUUCAAGUGACAGGAAUGGCUCUAGUUUACCCAGCAGUCCGGAGCGAAGUGUGUUUUCACGCCUCAGUGAGAGUACAGUUAAACCCCCUAGUAAGAUCAGCGAGCCCGCUCCGUCGUCUCCGGUGGCGGGUAAAUCCACAUCGAAGGUCAGCUCUGUGAGAAUGAAGUUUGAAGCUGAGGCUCAGAAACAAAGUCAGCCUAGUGCAGCAAAGAUCCCUCCCCCAGUGCAGCCCAAACCCUCGGUAAGCAAACUUCCUGUCUACCAGCUAUCAGGAGCAGGCCGGACCACCAAGGCAUCUGAAGUCUCAGGGGACAGUAGCCCACCUACCAGGGAAAUCAGUAAGGCAACAUCUCCCACCCUGAAACCAAUACAGGACAAGCGGUCCAACGUUUCAGACACAUCCCUGAAAAGAAAAAUGAGUGAUGCUGAAACUGACAAAUCUAUGUGUAAAGGCAAAGACAAUGUCGCUUAUCAGCAACUUAAAGAAAUUAAAGAUAAGAAAGCUCUGGUAUUACCAACUGCCACAUAUGACACUAAAAACGAGAAUUACCAUGAAGCUCAAAAGUCCCACCAAUACACAAAAGUUGGAAGUGUCUCUAAAAAGGUUGAGGCUGAGGUAUUAAGAAAAGACAGCGAAAAACCGGUCAACCAAAACAUAAGACAAAAGUCAGAAUCUCCGAUUCCUAUUCGAGCAGUCUCCUCCCCAGCUGAUAGUGAUCUUCAAAAGAAACUAACUGUAACCAAACCGUCCCAGAUACCAACAUUAGCUAAGAGCAGAAUAGAGACGGGCCCUGAGACAACCCUGCCCCUACUGGAUGAACAUCUUACUAACAACACAUUUGAGAUUUUAGAUAAUGCCCCCAGAGACUCCAACUCAAAUAAGCUUCCAAGUCCUGCAGAAACACUAGAAAAGAUCAUCGGCCCCCCGAGGACUUCAACGACCAAAGAGAACUUCAAGGGCAUCGAAACCCUCCCAGUUUAUGCAGGUGUCCAGUUGGGCAGACAAGCAGAAAGAGAGGCAAAGGGAGGGCUUUACACGGUAAAACAGAAGUCCUGCAUGGCCCUCAGCCCCAUCAGCCCUGACGAUGACACCCUAGAGCAGGUCUCCUUCAUGGACAGCUCUGGGAAGAGUCCGCUCACUCCAGAGACCCCCAGCUCUGAGGAGGUGAGCUACGACCUCACAGCCAGGACCCCCGAUUGCUUCGGAGACUUUUUACCAGGGAAUACCAGCCCUAUAAUGGAGGUUUCUGAGGAUUCAGAGGAAGACCACUGCAAAUCUAGUUUCUCUUUUAAAGAGGCCUUACCAAGAAAACCAGAUAGUAAAACCGUUGAAGCCAAUCAAGCCGAUGUUUAUAAUUCUAAUCAGGAGCAAAAGAAAGCGAUAGACAAUCAGACAGAAUCAGAAUCUUAUUUAAACCAGCAGCAUACAUCAGACAACGCAAAUGAGUACAAGACAGAGCAAGAGCAGCAAACUGUAUCUAAAGACAAAGGUGUUGCAUACAUAGAGUUUCCACCUCCUCCCCCUCUCGAUUCAGCCUCUGAACAGUCAGAUGUGGAGAGGAAAGGUUCCUGUAACUCUUCAGGAACUGAGACGGAGAUGAUGGAGGUGAACUUGCAGGAAGAGCAUGAUAGGCAUCUACUGACUGAGCCAAUCAUACGCAUCCAGCCGCCCACCCCCGUGCUCACAGAUGCUGAUGACAGCCAAUCAAAUGCUGAGGAUGACGGGGACGACGUGUCAGUCUUCCAGCCUGUACCUUAUAAGCAUUCAACCCUCCCUGAAGAGGAGAAGGUCAAGGUGGGUUCCAAACCCAAAAAACAGGACAAAAAUGGGAACAACAAAGAACCCAACGGUGGAACCGAGGGAACCAACGGCUCCUACGGUUCCGAUGGUUUCAAUGGCAAAGAGGGAGAAGAGGGUGAUGGUGAACAGAACGGGAACGACCAGUCGAUCACAGACUGCUCCAUCGCCACCACCGCUGAGUUCUCCCACGACACGGACGCCACGGAGAUCGACUCGCUGGACGGGUACGAGCUCCAGGACGAGGACGACGGUCUGUGUGAGCAGGCAGACUCUCGGCUGUUCGGCCUCCCGGACAGCAGGAGGGACGUCUGGGCGACCGAAUCCUUCCGCUCCACAGACAGGUCCUUCCCCCCCACCAAACUAGAAGCCAUCGAGGAGGAGAAAUCUCCAGAGGAAAUUGUAAAGAAUGACUCUCAGAACGGCUCCCCCUCGGUUGGGGAGAAGACCGAGGACGUUUGUGAAGACGCGGAGAAGAAGCCCGCGGACAAAGAGGGCUUCUCUGACACUUACUUUAGCUAUAAACUAGAGGAAGAAUUUAACUCCACGUUCAAGACGGUGGCGACCAAAGGGCUGGACUUUGACCCCUGGCCUUCCAAAGGCGAGGAGGACGUGGUGGUGGACAUGGCGGAGCCCAGAGACAUCAACGACGAGCCCAAGCCUUUCGGACUGGCCGCCGACGAACACUCACAGAACACCACGCCAGACACCACCCCCGCGCGAACGCCCACCGACGAUAGCACGCCGACAAGCGAGCCGAACCCCUUCCCCUUCCAUGAAGGGAAAAUGUUUGAGAUGACACGCAGCGGUGCGAUUGACAUGAGCAAGAGGGACAUGGUGGAGGAGAGGCUCCAGUUCUUUCAGAUUGGCCCACAGAGCCCCUGUGAGAGGACGGACCUCCGGAUGGCCAUAGUGGCGGACCACCUUGGACUCAGUUGGACUGAGCUGGCCCGGGAGCUGGACUUCUCUGUGGAUGAGAUCAACCACAUCCGCGUGGACAACCCCAACUCCCUGACGGCGCAGAGCUUCAUGCUGCUCAAGAAAUGGGUCCACAGGGACGGCAAGAGCGCCACCACGGACACGUUAACUGCAGUGCUGACUAAGAUCAAUCGUUUGGAUAUUGUGACUUUGCUGGAAGGGCCUAUAUUUGACUAUGGUAACAUUUCAGGCACACGGUGUUUUGCCGAUGAUAACGCAGUAUUCCUGGAUCAGUCCGAUGGUUAUCAGAGCGUAGAUCAGGAGCUGCAGACCCCCGCGGCGUUGAGCUACCAGCCCCCCACCCCGCUGACCAACGACUACUUCUUCGGCGAGGGCGACCCUAGCGUAGACUCGGAGCCCGGCUGGUUCGCCCCCGCCCGGCCCAGCGACCUCUCCCUCCCCGAGACCACCCGGGCCCCGUCCGACAGGGACCCCCCCGCCGCGGGCCCCCCCCCCACCGUGCUCCCCGAGGACACCUCCCUCAGCAGGGGGAGUCAGGGGGAGGGGCCGGGGGUCCGCUGCGAGGGGCCGGAUAACGAGAGGCGGGGCUUUAGGGAGGAGCCCCCCCAGGUCUUCCAGGAGACCCCCGAGUCGGCCCCAGCCCCCCUAGAGGAGCAGGCAGGGGGGGCCCGGCCCGGGGGGGCGGCCGUAGACACCGGCGCUGACAGGAGAGAGGAGCUGGCUAGCGGUGGGAGGGUGGAGGAGGAGGAGGAGGAGGAGGAGGAGGAGGAGGGGGAGAUGACCCAGGAGAAGAUCAGGAGUCUGCUGGAGGACAUCAGACUGGAGGGGGGGGGCUCGGGGGACGAGGAGAUGACGGAGGAGAGGGUGAACGCCAUCCUGGACCAAGUGCGCCAGGCAGAGACAGACGUGUGUUCAGUUCCAGGCUGGCAGAGCGACGCCCCGGCCGCGCCCGCCCCCGUGGCCACGCCCGGCCCUGAGGCCACGCCCCCAGCAAAGGACGGAAGCAGUCCUGAGUGUGGGCCCGCCUCCUCGGGGUCCAAGGCUCAGAGGAAGGGCCGUGAUGAAGAGGAGGAGAGCAGGAAGAAGAGCGCGCCCUCUCAGCACACCCCCCAGGGAGGAGCUAGCGCGUCCAGCUCUGAGGAGGAGACCAUCACCACCAGGGUGUACCGCAGGAGGGUGGUCCUCAAGGGGGAACAGGCCCGCAACGUUCCUGGGGAGAGUGUGACCGAGGAACAGUUCAUAGACGAGGACGGGACCCUGGUCACCAGAAAAGUGAUCAGGAAGGUGGUGCGGCGCCAGGAGAGGACGGGGGAGGGCGGAGCUGCUGGGGACGGUGACGGGGCUGCUGCUAGUGGUGGUGGUGCUGGUGGUGCUGGUGGAGGAGGAGGUGGAGGAGGAGGGAAGGGCAGGAAGAGAGGCAAGCGGUCCCGGGGGGGGCCCCGGGCAGACGGCCCCGAGGAGGAGCCCGGCAGAGACGGCCCUGCAGGCAGCGAGGGCCAGAGGGCCCCCAAGGGAAAGCAGGGGCGUAGGAGGGAGAAGGCUCAGUCCUAGCGGUGGCGGCGGAUCCUCCCGGUCCACGGACCCCUGGACGGCCCAGACCCCUGAACCCCUGAACCCCUGAACCCCUGAACCCCUGAACCCAGAGAACCAGGGAAAAUUUGACUUAAUACGCAUGGUGUUCAGCGAGACUAAAACACACACAAGAAUGAAAACAAGAGAAAGAAUCCAUUUUCUGAGUUCGCAUGAGCAUGUCACCAAACUCACUUCCUGUCCAAACUGUUAAUGAAACAAGGUGGAGGCGACCCGCACCGGGCCUCACACGCACACACACACACACACACACACACACCCCCACACACACACACACACACACACACACACAUGCACACACACACACACACACGCACACGCACACGCACACACGCGCGCGCGCACACACACACACAUACACACACACACAUACAAACAUGCACACACACAAGCACACACACACGCACAAAACACACACACACACUUGAGGAAGGAGAGCGCCCCCGGCCAACGAAGCUCCAAGAGGCUCCUGGAGACUCCUGGGGUCCCUGGGUGGCCCCUCCUUGGAGGUUCUGCCUGGAGGCUCCUGGAGGCCCCUGGAGGCCCCUGGAGGCUCCUUGAGGCUCCUGCAACCAAAGACAGCACAAAGAGGGGACUGUACAUUGUUGACAGAUUAAAGAGGAGCCUCUCUCAGACACUCGCCUUAUAUAUUUUUUCUCGGGCCCCCGGUUCUCGGCCCUCCAGCGUGUGGAUCUUUCUAGAAAAAAAAAGAAAAAUAAAAUAGAAGAUGAAAGGGGUGUUUUGUUGUAAAUAGAAAUGACACUGUUAAAGAUAAGAAUAGUGGGGAGAAUAACGUCUGUACGUCUCAGAUGGUUUAUGCACUGGUCCCCAGGAGCUCUGCUCCGGAGACCAACACUGUGUUCAGCUCUGGCAAGGAGCUCACGUGCACUAGCACCACGAGGCCUCCUUAAGGAGGCCUCCUCAAGGAGACCUCCUUAAGGAGUCUCCUUGAGAAGGCCUCCUAGGAGGAGGGCCGGAGGCAUGGCCGCGUGCAGGUGAGAUCAGACAUAAAAAAAAACAGCUUGAAUUUAAGCGAGGACUUGAUUUCUGUUCCUCGCUACUCUUUAAACUAUUUGUGAAACAUUCUGUUUCUUCACAGUACUAACAGUUUGCUGCAUGGCAUUUCACCCUUUCUGUUGGUUCUCUUCUGAUGCAAA